AAGUCACUCUUGUCCAAAGCUCUUGUCCAGCUUACGUUUUCUUUGGUUUGUGACUUGGUUGUCUGUUGUUCCACUGUACUCAUUCUUGAGUAUGCCUGUUUGAAGACAGUUUGAUGGUUCGUUUGCUGCAUAUGCGCAUUUGAGUAGGACGUGGUUUUGAGGCCAGCUGUGCACUCGCUUCAACUUUGAGUCUUAAAGUUUUUUCAUUGAGGGAUAUUAGUUUUGUGAGACAGGUGCAUCAAAGACAAUAAUGCAGAUAAGGUUUAAGGCUACUCUUUUGCUCCUUCUGUUGGCAGCCUGGUGUGUUGCACAGGAAGAAACCCAAACUAAAGGCUGUGUUUAUGGAUACCCAGGAAUACCAGGGGACCCUGGGCACAAUGGCACACCCGGCAGAGAUGGGCGAGAUGGAAUUAGAGGUGAAAAAGGUGAUCACGGUGAAGUUGGUCCUGUUGGUCCAGCAGGCAAUGAUGGCCACAAGGGAGACAAAGGGGAACCUGGUGCAGUUGGCCCAGCAGGGCUCAAAGGAAAAAGGGGAGAUAAUGGAGAAAAGGGGCCUCCUGGGAAAAUGGGGCCCCAAGGAUUUCAAGGACCCAUAGGCCUGAAAGGAAAUAAGGGAGAGCUUGGGCUGCCUGGACCCCAAGGGCUUAAAGGUGAUUUAGGGCCUCCUGGACCAGCGGGUCGAAAGGGGGAAAUUGGCCUUCGAGGUGACAGAGGCAUUCAGGGACCAUUGGGACCCCCUGGCAGGCCAGGCCCUAAGGGGGAAAUUGGUGUUCCAGGUCACAAAGGUAACAUUGGUUAUCGUGGGGACAGGGGGACUCGAGGAGAGAAGGGUGAUAAGGGCGAGAAAGGAGAUGCACUUGUUAUCUCUAAAAGCGCCUUCUCUGUGGGACUCACAGCACUAACUAAACUCCCAGCAGCUAAUGCACCGAUUCGGUUUGACAGGAUUAUUUACAACCAACAGAAUCACUAUGAUCCACAAACAGGAAGAUUCACAUGCUCUGUAGCAGGUGCUUACUACUUCACCUACCACAUCACUGUCUUCUCCAGAAACAUGAAGGUGGUUCUCAUGAAGAACGGGGCAAAGAUCAUCCACACCAUGGAUAACUACCAGAGCAGUGAGGACCAGGCAGCAGGGGGCACUGUGCUGCACCUGGAGGUGGGGGAUAAGGUGUGGCUGCAGGUGGCUGGAGGAGAGCUGUUCAAUGGGCUCUUUGCUGAUGAAGAUGAUGACACUACCUUCUCUGGGUUUUUAAUCUUUGCAGCAUGAUUACUUUAUGAUUUCAGGCAUCAGAAAAAAAUGCAAAAAAAGAAGAAAUCAAUCAGGAGAGAUCAGCCUGCAAUAUACUUAAGCACAAAUUUCAGUUAUUUGUACUUGAGUAUUUCCAUGUUAUGCUAUUUAAUACUUCUUCUCCACUAUAUUUCAGAGGAAACAUUGUAGUUUUUACACCACUACAUUUGCUGUGACUGUAGCUACUUUUUUUUAUUAAGAUUUUCCAUCAAGACAGGCUUAUGAAUACAAUUCAAUGUCAUUGAUUAACUAAGUGGUUCAAAGCAGCUCUCUCUUAACCAACUACAGUUGUAAAAUGAUUCUUACACAUUAACGGUUAUUAGUGAAUUUGACUUCUGGUUUCUGUUUUCUUUCUUGCAUUUUUGUUG